AUGAGGAAAGUCCCCACCAACGGGAACCUGCGGAUGCCGAAGGCGGCCUACCCGCUGGGCCUCUUCGUAUGCCUGUUCAUCUACGUCGUCUACAUCAAGUGGCACUGGGCCUCCGCCACGCAGGCCUUCCUCAGCCUCACUGAGGCUGCCACGGGAGCCCGGCGGGCCCAGCAGACCCGCGGCCCCUCCGGGGGGACCCCCCGCGGCCACGAGGUCUUCUACGGCAUCAUGCUGGAUGCGGGGAGCACCGGCACGCGAGUGCACGUCUUCCACUUCUCCCGCCGUCCCGGAGAAACUCCCACCUUGACCCAUGAAACCUUCAAAGCACUGAAACCUGGCCUCUCUGCUUACGCUGACGAUGUGGAAAAGAGCAGUCGGGGGAUCCAGGAGCUGCUCGAUGUUGCCAAGCAGGACAUCCCCUUCGACUCCUGGGGGGCCACGCCACUGGUCCUCAAGGCCACCGCUGGGUUACGCCUCCUUCCAGGAGAAAAGGCUCAGAAGUUACUGCAAAAGGUGAAAGAAGUCUUCCGAGCGUCCCCAUUCCUGGUCGGGGAUGAUUGUGUUUCCAUCAUGAACGGCACAGAUGAAGGCGUCUCUGCGUGGAUCACUGUCAACUUCCUCACAGGAACCCUGAGAGGCCCCGGCCGGCGCAGUGUGGGCAUGCUGGACUUGGGCGGAGGGUCCACUCAGAUCACUUUCCUCCCAAGAAUGGAGAGCACCCUUCAGAACUCGCCCCCGGGCUACCUGACGUCCCUGCAGAUGUUCAACAGAACCUACACUCUCUACUCUUACAGCUACCUGGGGUUGGGACUGAUGUCGGCACGGCUGGCGAUCCUAGGUGGUGUGGAGGGGAAGGCAGCGGAGGAUGGGAAGGAGCUGGUCAGCCCUUGUCUGUCUCCUGGUUUCAGCGGGGAGUGGGAACACGCAGAAGUGGUGUACCGAAUUUCAGGACCGGCAGUGGGUACCGCAGCCUCGAGCCUCCAUGAGCUGUGUGCCCGCAGAGUGUCUGCAGUCCUGCGCCACAGAGUGCACAGAGCCGACGAGGGGAAGGACGUGGAGUUUUACGCGUUUUCCUACUAUUACGACCUUGCAGCAAAUGUUGGCCUCAUAGAUGCCGAGAAAGGAGGGACCCUCCUCGUCGGGGACUUUGAGGUCGCAGCCAAGUAUGUGUGCCGCACGGCGGAGACCCGGCCCCCGAGCAGCCCGUUCGCAUGCAUGGACCUCACCUACGUCAGCCUGCUGCUUCGCGAGCUCGGCUUCCCCGGGAGCAAGGCGCUGAAGCUGACGCGGAAAAUCGACGACGUGGAGACCAGCUGGGCCCUGGGGGCCAUUUUCCACUACAUCGACUCCCUGAGCAGGCGGCAGAGCCCCAGCUCAUAGCAGCCCGCCUCGGAGAGAGCAGGACCUCGCCUCCCCAGGGAAUCCCGG